AUCGGGGGAAAUCGCUCAGAAAGGAGUAGCUUUCCGUUUCUUUCCUGCAUCACCACCAUCAUCAUUCACUGCAGCAGGAGCAGGUCGGGAUGGCCGCGUCUUCAUCACCGGUCCGUCAGACGGAGCAUCGCUGCUUGUGCGGCUCCGGUACACGUUCUCACCCGGGCAGGAAUCUGACGCGCGGCUGCCAGUGAACCGAAUCGGAACCUGCCGCUUCCAGCGCCGCGGAUCUGAGCCAGGCCCUGUCUCUUCCUGCCCUGCACUGUAUCUCUAGAACAGAAAGCAUGCCAGUCCUUCUCAUCUGUAACCGUAUACUGGUGUAACGGACAUCGAGGCAAAACAAAGGCGCAGUCCGAACCUCUUUUUACCCGCAGUGAAUCUCUGGAGACCCCCAAACCGGGCGAUGGGAUGAAAAUGCGACGUCACAGGGUGUUCUUGCUUUGCACCGUAGGGCUUUGUGUCAUUUCUUUUCUUCACUAUUACAAAGCCCUGCACUACGUAUCUCUGCUGCGCGAACUGUCAGCACCCUACCCCAACAUCAAGUCCUUCAUCAUGGUGUCUGGCUUUUUCUGGAAAGACAGGGCCACCCCGCUGUCCAGUGUUUCUCCACCUAAUACCAAACUACAGGUUCAGAAGGAAAUAAGAGACCAGAUGGCAGUUUCAGUCAGAGAACCAAUAGCUCCCUAUUCUUGGCCGAAACAAGAGGAACCACCACACAAGGAUCCAGAUCCUGAGGAGAAGAAGGGAAACUCCAGUACGCCAGUACUGCGACCAAAUUCCAAUCGCAACGUGGCUGUAAAGUAUACGAAACCCCCGAAAACAUCAAGUCCAGACCCUACUAUGUUUUUGGGAGGCUUACACAAGAGCUUCUUUAAGCUCCAGGACAACAAAACAUCCUAUUUUGUACACACCAAAGCUGGAGCCUUAUGUUUCCGUCAGGGGACAGAAGUGGGGCCUCCUAGAGAUGAUUCUUGGGCAGUAAAAAGUGUUCACCAGAGGAAUAUCCUGCAGGUUGCGGAGGACUUCAACACUCGAUUGAAGAUGGGGGAAGACUCAAAUUCUACCCGGAUAAAACAUACACAGGGCAAACGCUUGGUAAAGUGUGUGUGCCGAUCUGGCUGGCAUGGCCCCUACUGUGGUGUUCCUACUAUGGUUUACCACUCAAACCUGCCCACCAAAGAGAGAUUGACUCCUCGUGAGAAACCACGGCGCAUCAUCAAUGCUAUCAAUGUCAACCAUGAGUUUGAUCUACUUCACGCCCGCUUCCGCGAGCUAAGUGACGUCGUUGACGUCUUUCUAGUGUGCGAGUCCAACUUCACUGCAUACGGUGAGAGGCGUCCACUUAGCUUCCUGCACCUACUGCGCAACGGGACCUACAACUACAUACGCCACAAGAUCCUGUAUGUAUUCCUGGAUCACUUUCCUGAGGGCGGCAGGCAGGAUGGGUGGAUCGCCGAUGACUAUCUGCGCACUUUUCUAACACAGAACGGCAUGAGCAGGUUGCAAGGUGUACGCCGUGACGACGUAUUCCUUAUUAACGAUGCUGAUGAGAUCCCUGCCCAGGAGGGCAUCCUCUUUCUCAAACUGUUUGAUGGAUGGACCGAGCCCUUUGGCAUCCACAUGCGCAAGUCACUGUACGGCUUUUUCUGGAAGCAGCUCGGCUCUCUUGAGGUGGUCUCGGGAUGCACAGUGGGGAUGUUGAAGGAGGUCUACGAGAACGAUGGGAUCCGUCUGCGUCGACGGGAGUACUACACGAUGCCUAAUUUUCGCAAGUACGAGAACGACACAGGCCACAUCUUGGUGCAGUGGUCAGUUGGAAGCCCGAUCCAUUUUGCUGGCUGGCACUGCUCCUGGUGCUUUGCCCCCGAGGGCAUCCACUUAAAACUUGUAUCUGCUCAGAAUGGUGACUUUCCCCGAUGGGGUGACUACGAAGACAAGAGGGACCUUAACUACAUUCGUGGGCUGAUCCGGACUGGCGGCUGGUUUGACGGCUCUGUACAGGAAUAUCCUCCGUCGGACCCUAAGGAGCACAUGUAUGCUCCGAAGCACAUGUUCAAAUACUUUGAGCACUAUCGCUACCUGCUGGAGAACCCUUAUGCCAAGCAGCCCAGCCUGAGUGCAGGGUAAUAGGGUGACUGGGUUUUAG